AUGGCAGAUCUGAGUGAUGGCCCCCAUACGGGGCCUGGGGAGGCGGCUGAGCCCCCCGGAGACGAGAGUGGCACCUCCGGCGGGGAGGCCUUCCCCCUCUCCUCGCUGGCCAACCUGUUUGAGGGGGAGGAUGGCUCUCCUUCGCCCUCACCAGCCAAUGCCAGUCGUCCCCCCGGCCCGGGUGAUGGGCGGCCGAACCUGCGCGUGAAGUUCCAGGGUGCCUUCCGCAAGGGUGUGCCCAACCCCAUCGACCUGCUGGAGUCCACCCUUUAUGAGUCCUCGGUGGUGCCUGGGCCCAAGAAGGCACCCAUGGAUUCACUCUUUGACUACGGCACCUAUCGUCACCACCCCAGCGACAACAAGCGGCGGAGGAGGAAGGUUAUGGAGAAGCAACCACAGACCCCCAAAGCUCCCGCCCCUCAGCCGCCCCCCAUCCUCAAAGUCUUCAACCGGCCCAUCCUCUUUGACAUCGUGUCCCGGGGCUCCACUGCUGACCUGGACGGACUGCUCCCCUUCUUGCUGACCCACAAGAAGCGCCUGACCGAUGAGGAGUUUCGGGAGCCGUCCACGGGGAAGACCUGCCUGCCCAAGGCCCUGCUGAACCUGAGCAGUGGCUGCAACGACACCAUCCCCCUGCUCCUGGACAUCGCCGAGCACACCGGCAACGUGCAGGAGUUCAUCAACUCGCCCUUCCGGGACGUCUACUACCGAGGUCAGACUGCCCUGCACAUCGCCAUUGAGCGCCGCUGCAAACACUACGUGGAGCUCCUUGUGGCCCAAGGGGCCGACGUCCACGCCCAGGCUCGAGGGCGCUUCUUCCAGCCCAAGGAUGAGGGUGGCUACUUCUACUUUGGUGAGCUGCCCCUGUCACUGGCCGCCUGCACCAACCAGCCCCACAUCGUCAACUACCUGACGGAGAACCCCCACAAGAAGGCGGACAUGCGGCGGCAGGACUCACGCGGCAACACGGUGCUACACGCGCUGGUGGCCAUCGCUGACAACACCCGCGAGAACACCAAGUUCGUCACCAAGAUGUACGACCUGCUGCUGCUCAAGUGUGCCCGCCUGUUUCCCGACAGCAACCUGGAGGCCGUGCUCAACAACGACGGUCUCUCACCCCUCAUGAUGGCCGCAAAGACGGGCAAGAUCGGGCAGCUCCUGGAUGACGAAGGUGGGGUUGGGCUGAUGGGUCAUCCUGAUUGGACCAGGAGCUUCAUCUAUUCUGUGCUGGUGAUUGUCUCGGCCGCCCUCUACCUGGCGGGGAUUGAGGCCUACUUGGCCGUCAUGGUCUUUGCCCUGGUCCUGGGCUGGAUGAACGCCCUCUACUUCACCCGUGGGCUGAAGCUGACAGGAACCUAUAGCAUCAUGAUCCAGAAGAUCCUCUUCAAAGACCUUUUCCGCUUCCUGCUCGUCUACUUGCUCUUCAUGAUCGGCUACGCCUCAGCCCUGGUCUCCCUCCUGAACCCUUGUGCCAACAUGAAGGUGUGCAACCAGGACCAGACCAACUGCUCGGUGCCCACCUACCCCUCGUGCCGCGACAGCGAGACCUUCAGCACCUUCCUCCUGGACCUCUUCAAGCUGACCAUCGGCAUGGGCGACCUGGAGAUGCUGAGCAGCGCCAAGUACCCCGAGGUCUUCAUCAUCCUGCUUGUCACCUACAUCAUCCUCACCUUCGUGCUGCUCCUUAACAUGCUCAUCGCCCUCAUGGGGGAGACGGUGGGCCAGGUCUCCAAGGAGAGCAAGCACAUCUGGAAGCUGCAGUGGGCCACCACCAUCCUGGACAUUGAGCGCUCCUUCCCGGUGUUCCUGAGGAAGGCCUUCCGCUCCGGAGAGAUGGUGACCGUGGGCAAGAGCUCGGACGGUACUCCCGACCGCCGGUGGUGCUUCAGGGUUGACGAGGUGAACUGGUCUCACUGGAACCAGAACUUGGGCAUCAUUAACGAGGACCCUGGCAAGAACGAGACGUACCAGUAUUACGGCUUCUCGCACACUGUGGGCCGCCUCCGGAGGGAUCGUUGGUCUUCGGUGGUACCCCGCGUGGUGGAGCUGAAUAAGAACUCAAACCCAGAUGAGGUGGUGGUGCCACUUGACACCAUGAGGAGCCCCAGCUGCGACAGCCACCAGCAGAGUUACCCCCGCAAGUGGAGGACUGACAACGCCCCCCUCUAG